AUGUGUGUUUUAAAAAAAUAUCUCAGUCGACAAUUCCAAGUGGAUAAAUUAACUUUACAACAUGACGACGCGUCAGAGUUCUACCUUUCCUGUUUGCAACAGAACCGUUCACCGGUACCAUUGUUAUGUAUCAGGCUUAUACUGUUUUUAACAUGUGUCGGUAUAUUAGUGAUGUCACUGUUAGUGGACCAUACGGCAUUUUGGAUAAUAUACAUGACAAACUGGGGCGUCGUCAUUAUAACUGUCACCACGGGAUUGGCUUUUGCCGUGUCUACGAGAGCUUUCUUGAGAGGGCCAAUUGACUCUACAUUUGGAUUGCCAUGGUACCUAAAACUCUAUUGGGCAUCAUACAACAUCGGAUUAACAGCCGCCUUCUUAAUCACCGUUUUUUAUUACUCAUUUCUAUAUGAACUAGUUUUAGAGUCGGAGAUGGAAUCUAAUCCCAUUACCGAUCUUUUGACUCACGGCAUCAACUCAGUAGUUAUGUUCCUACUAUUGAUAACGUCGAUGCAGCCCUCGCACGUCCUGCAUUGCGUGUACCCCAUCGCUGUUCUGACAGUCUACAGCAUCUUCAAUGUCAUCUACUACUACGCUGGAGGAGAAAAUCAUCUAGGUGACCGAUUCAUAUAUCCAAUGCUUGACUGGUCGAACCCUGGAUUGGCUACUGGAGUCCUCUUUGGAUGCCUGGCUGGUGUAAUAAUACUACACGUAGUCAUAGUACUCGUCAGUCUACUUCGAGACUACCUGUCUAAGAGAUAUGUACGAAAUAUAUAUAGCUUAUCAAUCACAGCAUAA